AUGGGGUCCGCGCAACUGCUAAUAGUGAUGGCGCAACGGGCAGAGGGGUCCGCGUGGUCUGCGCGGCCGUUUAGCAGAGCUUCCUGGGUCACUUCCAGCCACGGGCAGGCCAAGCAGCCAUCUGGGGGCUGGGAUGAGACGAGUUUUUUGGGUCACUUCCAACCACGAGCAGGCCAGGCAGCCAUCUGGGAGCUGGGAUCAGACCAGCACCUGCAUGGAGCCACAGGGAGGGGCGUGCAGGCGGGGGAGGUGGAAGGGGAACAGGGGCAGCUGAGUGGAGGGAGGGGAGUGGAGGGGGGUGGAAUGAUGGGAACAGCAGCCAUGCCGUCUGCUUCCUUCUCCCCCAGCCUUGCGUCACUCCAUGAUGUGUCGGAUGCGCUGCCCCGUCCCAUGGACCUCUCGCUCCUCCCUUCCCAUGUGUGA